AUGGCGGAAUCCAUUUUGUACAAAAGGAAGCUAGAAGGCAAAGUGGCCAUAGUCACGGGCGGUGCUAGUGGUAUCGGGGAGGCGACUGCAUAUCUUUUUGCCAAGCAUGGUGCACGUAUGGUGGUGAUUGCUGAUAUCCAAGAAGAACUAGGCCAGCAGGUUGCCAAAUCCAUUGGCUUGAACUAUUCCACAUUCGUACGUUGUGAUGUUGCUAAUGAAAAGCAGGUCGAAGCUAUGGUAGAAUUGACGGUCAAGAAAUAUGGGCAGCUUGACAUCAUGUUUAGCAAUGCAGGGAUUACUGGUAGUUUAGAGCAGACCGUACUUGACCUCGACUUGCUAGCCCUUGACCACCUAUUUAAGAUCAAUGUGCGUGGCAUGGCUGCAUGUGUAAAGCAUUCAGCACGUGCUAUGGUUGAAAGGGGUGUGAGGGGGACCAUCGUGUGCACCGCAAGUGUAGCAGGAAGCAAGGGUGCAACCCAAAAGACCGAUUACUAUAUGUCAAAGCAUGCGGUGCUCGGGCUCGUUAGAUCGGCAAGCAGGCAACUAGGGAAGUAUGGGAUCAGGGUGAACUGUGUAUCACCCUCUGGAGUCGCGACGGCAUUGGCAUGCAGUUUACUUGGAAUGGAUGCAGAGCAAGCGGAGAAAGCAUUUGAGCCGCAUGCAAGCUUAAAAGGAAUUGCACUGAAAGUGGGGCAUGUGGCGGACGUUGUGCUCUUUCUUGCAUCUGAUGAUUCUGGUUUUGUCAAUGGACAUGACCUGGCGGUUGAUGGGGGCUGGCUUGACUAG